GUUUUCACAGCCAAAGGAAGCGGCAUGAUGAGAUAAUAGUGACAGGGCCAUGGCAGGGAAGAUGUUGCUAUGGCAACACAGCAGCAGGCCUCUCCUGGGAGGCUGCAUCCUAGCACAGUACACUACAGAUGACGUUGAUACUGCGUUGGCCUCUGCAGGGCUGGCACUUCCCCUCCUGCUCAGGGUCGCCAGAGACAGUGGAUUCAAGAGAAAAUGGGGCCAGACGUCUGGGGCCUGCUCCUUCCUUGGGCGUCCCAGAUCUUGAGAGACCAUUCAAAAAAGCCAAAGGAAAGAAAAGCAGAGACAAUCGAGCCCAAAUGGAGGACACAGGGAAGGCAGCGCAGCAGAUCUUGCCGGAACAGGCACAGCCCGAAGCCCCGCCAGCAUUCCCGCCCAAGGCCUCAACCCGGUUCCCUCCAAGGUCCAACACCUACCUGAUUACAGGGUUGCAAAACGAGCUGACCAAAAGUGGGGUUCUGAAGAACAUGACCGACCAUGAGGAUUUCUGGAAGCUGGUUCAGGAGGAAGCUCUUGGCGUGGGAAUUAAAGAAAAACUCCAGAAGAUAAGAUUUAAGUUGAUGAACCCCAGGCCCUGGCCGCCAGCUGCAGAAACCAGGAGGCUGGCCAGCACUGACCAAGACCGUGGGGGCCGCCAGGGGGCCCAGAGCCUUCUCUCUCGACUUACGGAAUGGAGAAAACGGUGCCAACAGCGUGCAGUGGCCCCGAGACUGCCCCACGAACAGGGGGAGAGCAAGAUUGUGUCUAAGACAAGGACGGAUUCCCAGAGCAAGAGAUAUCUCAGUCGGUUGGAUAAAAUGCAUUCUGCCUCCCUGGCUAACAUGGAAUUCUCCAGAAGACUGCUGGAGAGAGACGGCCGCUUUGAGGACCUGCUCGCCGAGCACAGGGCGAGAAGCCUGCUGGAUUACAUGGUCCCAAGCAGGCACACACAGGUAGAUGCUCCACCCAGAGAAAUGGGGGUGGAGGAACCCCCGGUCCCUGGCCAGCAACUUCAAGCACCACCUGCUCUCCGAUUCCUCAAGUCCCACAGCCCAGAAAGUCCGCAGAGAGGCUCCCGCUUGAAGACAGGAAGACAGCAAGUGACCCUGUGUGGCAUGAGCAAGCUUUCAGAUCAUGUGAGGGGCAAACUUGCUCCUGCCGGGAUAACCACCCACCCCAGGCCGACAGCACCCCUGACCCUGGAACACGUGAUCCAGACCCAUCCUGUGGUGGAGGCUAAGACCGCACGGCGAUACUGGGUGAACUAUGUGGACGAAGAAUAAGAUUUUAUACGGUUACUAGAUGUAAAGAAAAUCCAAACAUGAUGAUAAGCAACGAGGCUGACAUCCAGUAAAGAUGUAAAUCCCUGACAUGAGACACCUGGCACGGAUCGUUCUUUCUUUAUAAAGGUGACGUCACCAUACAGAGCCCAGAGCCAUGAAUUCAGAUGAUGGGGACGGCCAACACGGACAGGACAGUAGUCAUUGCCAGCCUGCUGAGCAGACUUAGGAAUGGGACUUAAACUGGGGGCUCUUCAGUUCCGCUGGCUCAGCGUCCUUCUGCCUGCUGCUGUGUUCACAGUGCCUUAAGGAAAAUAUGCCUGUUUUCUUUCUUAAAAAUAAGUUUUUUUAAAAAAACUUUCAAAUUAUGAGUGAGCAUAAGGAGGCAUGAAAAUGGAUCAAAGACGUUAAGUUUUUUUUAAAAAAAAACUUUUAAAUUAUGAGUGAGCAUAAAAAGGCAGGAUCCAUUGAUCAAAGGCGUUUGGUGAGAUGAAAUUAGCUUUAUAAGGUAGAAAAAUAUAAUCAAUGAAGGUAGUAGCCAACACGUGGUUGGAUUAGGCACACCUGAAGACAGCAUGCAGGAACUGGAUAGGCCAAAGACUUGGUCUGAUGCCUACCACUGACAAACAGCUGGCCUUCUUAGGCCAAUGGGGUUUAAUCCCAGGUCCAGCAGCAAUGACGGAGAGGCACAGGAAGGUACAACAGCAGAAAAGAAAGGUAUUUCUAGAACUGGGGAAAAAUGUCAACCUUUAGAUUUAAGGAGUCCAAAGAAUAA